AUGCUCCCUGGCUGCUCCCUGGGCUGCUCACUGUUGACCGGCAUGCUAGCCGAUGGUACCCAUCUUGGCGGGGUGAAUAAGCGGAGUCUGGAUUAUGUCCUGCGAAGCGGGUUGGCGGGAGGACUGGCGGGGUGCGCGGCAAAAACAGUCGUGGCUCCGCUAGACCGCGUGAAGAUUCUCUUCCAGGCGUCGAACCCGCAAUUCGCAAAAUAUAGCGGUAGUUGGUUCGGCCUGGCGGCGGCGAUGAAGGAUAUCAAUCGGCUCGAGGGCGCCCGGGGCCUGUACAAGGGCCACUCGGCCACGCUGCUGCGUAUUUUCCCUUAUGCCGCGAUCAAGUUCCUUGCAUAUGAGCAGAUUCGCGCCACGAUAAUCCCGUCGCGAGACAAGGAAACGCACUUCCGCCGGUUGAUUUCUGGCAGCCUGGCGGGCAUCACCUCGGUGUUCUUCACAUACCCCCUCGAACUGGUUCGUGUGCGACUAGCCUUCGAGACGAAGCAGUCGGCCCGCUCGUCGUUGUUGGAUAUCUGUCGACAGAUCUACCAUGAGCGGGUCCCCUCGCCUGCGGUCCCGAACCCUUCUUCCUCUACAUCUGCGGCGGCGGCUGCCGUCGUUAGCAAAGCUGUUCCGAGCUACGGCCUGACCAACUUUUAUCGUGGAUUCGCCCCGACGCUGCUGGGAAUGCUCCCCUACGCGGGCAUGUCCUUUCUCACCCACGACACGAUCGGUGACUGGCUCCGGCUUCCCUCGAUAGCCCCCUAUACGACAAUCCCGGGGUCCGAUUUGACACACAAAGACAAACAAGGUUCCCAUCGGCUCCAGCUCACCGCGGCCGCGGAACUGUUCUCCGGCGCGCUGGCAGGCCUCGUGUCGCAGACCUCCUCCUACCCACUCGAAGUCAUCCGUCGCCGGAUGCAGGUUGGCGGCGUCGUCGGCGACGGCCGCCGACUCGGUAUCAUCGAGACCGCCCGCACGAUCAUGCGUGAGAGAGGCUUCCGUGGCUUCUGGGUUGGUCUGACAAUCGGGUACCUGAAGAUCGUGCCCAUGGUGGCCACGGGCUUCUUCGUCUACGAGCGCUUGAAAUGGUCGUUCGGGAUAUGA